CACUGAUUGGCAGUACUGAUAGGUAGCACUGACUGGCAUUGAUAGGUGGCACUGACUGACACUGAUAGAUAACACUGAAAAGCAGCUCAGAUGGGCACUGAUAUGUGGCAUUGAUGUGCAUUGGUAGGCACUGAUGGGCACUGGCAGGUGGCAUUGAUGAGCACUGGCAGGUGGCAUUGAUGAGCACUGACAGGUGGCACUGCUGGGGCUACGCAGAUCAUCAGGGCACACUUAUCAUCAGUGCCCUGAUGAUCACUGUCAGCGUGACAGCUCGUGAGGAGAGAGAAAAUGCCGAUAACCAGCAUUUUCCUACUUACAUGUGAUCAGCUGUGAUUGGA